CAGGUCGUGGCCACGACCAGCUCGCGGGUGUCCUUCGACCGGCCCACCAAGCCACUGAUGCUCGUCUUCCCCACGACGGUGCUGCCCCCGCCCCCGCAACUGCAGCUGGCCUCCAAGGCGCCGCCUUCGGUGGUGGCAGCCACACCCAUCCUGGGGCCCUACGAGCCACCUCCAGACCCUCGCCGGGUCUCCACUGUCGGCGUCCUGGACAGGUACCGCCUCUCCAGUGAGGCCGUCAAAGACCGUGGCGGUGCGGACUUCUUGCUUCUAGACAGCGACGACGACCGCCCAGCGGCCGACUUUGGCGGGGCCCAGCUGUCGGAGAAUCUCAUCAACAGGUCGACGGAGCGCCUGCGGGUGAAGGACAUAGAUGCUGGUGACCCGUUCCGCAAGAGGGACACCGACCGGCACCAGCCUGACGGUCAGCAGCUGGAGGGUCAUCAGCUGGAGGGCCAGCAGAGGGACGAGACCACCACGACAAUCCGUCCCGACAAGGUCGUCACCGUCCGGCCCAUCAACGACCUGCCGACCUUCACCGUACGGCACGACUUCUCCCCCAGUGGCUUUUCCCAGUCGGGUGACGAGGGCGACGACCUAGGCAGUCCAGAUUACGGUGAUGCUCCUCCUCCCCAGCAGCCCAAGAAGGACUACCUCUCCAGCUUCAGAUCCGGGAAAGCCAUCUUCAGGGGCGGCAGACCCGACCCGCCGCGCCUCAGCAAGCUGCGCGAGACGGUUACCUACACUGGAUUCGCUGACUUCACCACCACCAUUGGUGACACUGUUGUUGUCUUCACGCCCAGCACUGCCAAGAAGCAGCCACCAGCACAGCCGACACGGGCAGUGACCAGUGCUGCAGGCGACGCUACAGUUUUCCAACCGGGCGUCGUCACGAAAGUAAAAACGUUCUUGUCACAUACGCCUGGAAUGGUGACUCGCACUGUUACUGGCCACUCCAUCACGACACACACGACACUGCCCACUAUGGUGGUGCUACCGGAGACGUUUGCCAGCAGGCGUCAGAAAGCGCAGCAUCAAGACGUCGCAUCGUCAGUGUAUGUAGUCGAAGCUGCCCCACCAGAACCGCCAACCACACCACCGCCACCUCCGACCACAAACCCUCCACCUACAGUACCGAAGGAAACUGACCCGCCACCGAGGGAAACGACACCCCCACCGCCAACUCAGGAAACGACACCGGAUGAGGGUGCCAAAUUGGAGGUGCUUUCCCGUGAACAGGACAUAUUUGACUCUCCACCGACCUCCACAUACCUGGAUGAUGAUGUAGGCGUGCAGGUGCCCGUAACGAGUGUCGUGAUCGACUAUGAAGACUAUGACCAGUCGUCUUCUGCUGCACCAGAAGUGAUACAACCAUCUUUGACAGAAGUCCAGGUAGCGACAGUAACGUCAGUUGUUGAUGGGGCCAUCGAACCGUCAUCUGUGCUGGAUGAUGGAACUGACGACUUGAUAGAACCGUCACCUGUCGUCGUCGAAACACCAGAACUGCAGCUGCAUGCAACUGAAGUAAUCACAGAAGCACCAAUACCAGAAAGCAACGAGGAGGAACAGGAAGGAGAACAAGAAGUGCACUCUACAGUAGAAUUAGAGGUGACUUCUACAGCACCACUAACAUCUUAUCGCACGGCGAUGACACAGUUAUUUGAUCACGGUGAUGAGGAAUACCCACUUGGUCUAAUAAAAGCUAUUGCAGGCACUGAGGUCAUCAAUGACACAACUACUCUCUUCACCUCUCUCAUUCACGGUAGCUCCGUCGACGGUCACUAUGCACAAAUUAUCUAUUCGGCCUCGAGUAUAUUUUAUUAUGAAGGAGACACAAAAGUAAUCGUGCCAACAGAGAGUGCAAUAGCGCCGACGUCCACAGUUGACCUGGAGACUACUCACACAGCAGCCUCCCAGCCGCCAUCUUCGGAAGGAUCUCAGGAACAGGAGGGUGAGGAAGAGGUCACUACAUCGCCUGCGACAAUCCCUGCAGAGCAGCCAGGCCUCACUACUGACACAGACGGUGUGACAACUGUCGAAGAUGGCGACGGCACGCUCAGUACCCUACCGCAAGAAUCCACCACUUUGCCAGAGGGAGACUUGUCGAAUGAGGUCGAGACUGGUCGUAAGACAAGUGGCAGUGUUGAGGACCAAAAUAUUGUUGAAGGCAGUGCUGCAAAGGAAACUCCUGGAACUACUGUCGCACAAGUGACCACACCGAAAACAGACGUCGAACCAUCACCGACAGAACCCAGUCACGCUACGGAUGCCGGUGUCGGACAAGAGGAAGGAACACCUGCCAGUCAGCUGCAGGAUGGAGUGACACCUACACUGAUUACACAGAUUGUUGCUAGUACAAUCUAUGAGACAUUCACGCAUCUGACUGCCUUCUUCAUUCCUGUCGACGGUGGCACUUCGACAUCGAUCAAAACAAGAGAAGUGGUGACAUCACAGGUCAUACUAGCCACGCAAGUGGUGCCCGUCGCUGUAGCAAAUAUUCAAUCCACUGCCCUUCCAGAAGCUCCUGCUGCCGUCACCACUCCACCAGAGACAGUACACCAGCAACCGACUCCACCACCACCUCAGGUCUCGGUAACACCCGAAAUCACAGAUGGAAGCGACAAAGAGCAGGAAACCCAUGCUGCGACUGAACCGUCAACUGCUGCAACGCCAGAAAAUCCUCCAGCCGUCGUCCUACAACCGACCACAGUUGCCUCGCCGCCGGCAGGCGAAGACGAAGGAGAGGAGGAGGGUGAAUUGGAGCUGCUUGUCAAGUCUGUGUUUACUACCUACACAUACCUAACGACCUAUUUCCAGGAUAGCACGACCACCGUUGCGAGCAACAUUGAAGUGGUGACUAAUGUCGUCACGGAAACGGUGGACAAGGACUACUUCCGCCGUGUGACAGAUCCUGCUGUUGCUGGGCUUUUAGCACGUACCGAUAACAUUGUAGAGCCGACGCCAGAGGUGGCACCCACCAGCGUCGGCAUCGGACGUCCGACCACCAAGUUCUUCCCAGAUGAGGAACUCUUCUCAGCUGUUGUGGACUCGGUAGACAUCGAGCGCGAGAUGGCCACGGAAGCGACGCCUGCCCUGGACCAGGAUGUCAUUAAGACCUUCUACACGACGUACACAUACUUCACCACCAUCUUCGUAGAUGGUGAAACGACAGUGAGCAGCCGCACAGAGGUCUACACCAACAUCGUAACACCGACAGCACUGUUGGAAGCAACACCGACUCUAAGCGCUGCCCAAGACAUUCACCCGACCAGUCAGUUGUCGCAGGUGGAGGAAGACGACUUGGAUAAUCCUCUGAAGAACCAGCCACUUCUAAAGAACGCUCCCCGUCGUCAGUACCUCUACAGCAGCACCAUAACGCGUGAGCACAGCCAGCCGCGGUCGUCGCUGAAUGAAGUUGACAGUGAGGGCACCACGACUACACCGGCAAAUGACUUCUUCGAUGACAUUGAGAACAGCAUUAUAGUGCCUGCCAAGAGCAAGCUGGGAGUUGCUGUUGGAACUAAGAACGUGUAUGCCACCAUCACAAGACCACCUGCAAUACUGGCCACCUCAGAGCCGGAGCUCACAUCAUCCGUGGUGGAGACAAUGAUCAGCAGCUCCAGUGGAGAGCGCACAAUCAUUGCUCCUCCAGAACGCCACAAUGCUUUGCCUUUCCUGCCAGCACUUGACGACCAGGUCAGUUCAGAGAGCAAUACCGAAUCUUUAGAGCCAUCUCCAACGCUGCUCCUCCAGACUAGCUAUACAACAUAUACCUACUUCACAACCAUAUACAAGGGAACUUCCACGGAUGUGAAGAGCCGUUUGGAGACGGUCACAAAUGUCGUCACUGAGACUCUGACACCGCAAAGGACUGCUCUGCUCACUGACGACCUUGUCCCCACUGAGGAUGAUCCUUCCUUGCCUACGACCUACUUCACCACAUUCACCUAUUGGACGACGCUUUUCAAAGAUGGCACAUCCACGGUGACCAGUCGCGAGGAGACUGUAUCUGAGGUGGUAACGCCAACAGUGUCGUCCUCUACAGAGACCAAAGCUGAGAUCGUCCCCACUACUACACCAAAGGACAUCGAUCCUUUAGCUACACCAGUUGUCGCCGUCAUUAAUCCUAGUGAGGUCAUCUAUGAGCCUACUACCUACUUCACCACUUUCACGUUCCUGACGACAUCGUAUAUUGGCAACAGCACUAUUGUCAACAGCAGGCUGCAGACUGUAACAGAGGUUGUGAACGGUACGGUAGCUGCAGAUGAAGCAGCAGCUGUAUUGGCGGGAAGGGCUGUGGCGACGUCGGCCAAAGUACAAGAACUGGGGGAAGGUGUGCCGACAGUCAAACCAGUGGCAUCUGCAUCAGUUGUGGACACUACUCCGACACCAGCAGCAAAGGAAGCUACAUCAGCCCCAACAAAAGUGGAGCUGCCAACGGGAUUCCUUUCCACUGUUGUCAGUAGCAUAGUUGAUGAGGCCGGAACCACCACACUCUUCUCGACUGAUGUCUCCGGAACCUACAUUGAUGGCCUGUAUGCCCAGAUACUAGAGAGGAAAACCCGUAUCAUACCCCCUGCUCCAGUUUCAGUACCAGUGGAGCCUACUCCGACACCAAAACUGCCAGUGGGGGUGGUUUCCCUAAACAAGGGCCGAAUUGUCGAUGCUGAUGGCGUCAGCACUACGUUCUUCACCACAGAAGCCAUUGGAACGUACAUCAAUGGGCAGUACUCACAGAUAGUGGAGAGCACAUCCUCCAUAAAGGUGAAUGAAGAACGCCAAAGUGCUCUACAUCUGGCUCUAGCACCUUCUCCAACAGUGGAGAUUGCUGGCAAGACAUACAGGACAGGGCUGGUGCGACUGAUUGAUGGCACAAUGGCCAAAGAUGGUACGACAACAUUCUAUGAGUCCAAAGUCUCAGGUACAUUGGUGGGUGGAAGGUAUGCACAAGUAAUUGAAAGCACAUCGUCUUUCAAAGUGGAUGUUCCAAGCACAACAGCACCACCUGUAGCUGUAGUUGCUCCGACAGCAGUGAGCGGCGUCCCUGUGGUGGCUCCAACCGCAGCAGUUGUUACAACUACAGCGCCAACACCAGCUGUGGUCGAGAGCUCUCUGGGCAGUGAUGAAACGUCAACGUCGACGACAUCACAGACGUCUUCAGAGCAGCAGGAUGACGAUAGCAGUGAGAAUGAGUCAGACAACGAUGGCGCCAAGUUCUUGCUUGGUAAAGGGUCAGGUUCAGGCCGCAACAGGACACGCCUAACAUACCAGUCUAAGAAGAAUACUUUCACACCAUCAAUUCGCCCUUUUGGCACGCAAGGGGCUACGCGACCACCAUAUAGGCCUCAGAACAAGCGACCAGCCACAGUGACACGGACUGUUGUAACUCCAACCAUCACAGCAACGCCUGCAGCCGUGGGUAAGGCUGCCGCCACUGGAAGGUUCUCUGGAAGCCGAAGAGGAGGCUUAGCAUCCUCGUCAACCGCUAAUGAGAUUCGCCCAUCUGCCAGCAGUGGACGCCGUUUCUCUAGACCAAGAGGCUCAUCUCCUGUGCCUGGAGGGCAAUCUUCUGCGUUCCCCACUGGAGGCAGAGGACGGAGCUCUACACGAGCUGGGGCCAUUAGCCCAACAGCAGUUGGAGGCCCUCAAGGAUCCAGUCGCAGAGGAUUGUACUUCAGAGGCUCAAGUGCUGCACCUGGACGCUCAUCUUCAGCUGGAUACUUCGGAAGCUCCUCGAGGUACAGGGGCCGCGUCAAUCCGACCUCGACAAUCUCUCGCAGUGGUGCGACUGCCAACUAUUUCCCAGCGACGACACCUACCGACGAGACUCUAGAGACUGACGACUUUAUCACCACACUCGUCACUGAGGAGACACCACAGUUUACAGACAACGAUGGCCAGUACGAGACACAACCACUUCCUUCAACGACAGAGUCUGCUCGCAGGAACCCGCUACUGAAUCGCCUGAGGCGCCCUCCACUGGUGAGGGCGAGCACCACCACAACACCCAGAUCGCAGACAUCGCUGACAACUCCUUCCAGAGGAAGUUCGACUACACGUAGGACGUCAAAUAGACCGGUAGGCUCCGCAGCAUCCACUACCACCAGUAGGCCGAGGGCACGGUUACCUCUGAGAUACCAGCCAGCUGUCAACAGACCACGCCCAGGAAACAGUUUGUUCCCUCCACGCAGCCUGUUCAAGCGUCCAGGUCAGGAAGAGGAGCCCCAGCAGCAAGAAGAGCAGAACAAUGAGGAUGAGGCGCAAGACGAGCCACAGGAUGAAGAAGACAUCCAAGAGGAGGAUGUAGAGGAUGAAGACGAGCUGAGAGACAAUGAUUAUGAAGGAAGCGAGCAUAAGGAGUCAAAAAAGGCAGCACCACCACGCAGCAAAGGAGUCCCAUACAAACCAGUACAGAUCAGACCGUUCAGCUUCAGGAGACGUACGAAGCGCCAGGUGGACAAGCCGAGUGGAGCCACACGCACGUAUUCGUCGAGGUUCAGAAGACCUGGUGCCAGGGUGGCACAGCCACAAGCACCACCCGAAGAACCGGCAACUCCGGAGCCACCUCCACCACCACCUCCACCACAGCAAAAGAGCAAAUCGAGCGGCCGGUACUCGGGCCGAGGACGGACACAGAACCAGCAGCAACAGCAACCGACACCACAGGGGCGGAUCAAGCCUUCGCCGUCAUCUGCCACCUCGGGUAGAGCGCAAUUUACCUUGAGGGAGAAGGACACAAGUAGUGGUACCUCUCGCUAUCGGCGGCCACAGAGUACAGAGACAGCCACCGCGACAAGUGACAGACGGACCAACAAGAGUGGCAGGAGGAGAGGAGGCAACAGCAGGAGUGACGAGACGACUUCGUCCGUCCCUUCGAGGCCGAAACCGCCGAGGUUGCGCACCACCAGCAACUCCAACAGCAAACAGACAGACACUAGCUUCUCGUCUCAACGUGCCACCCGCCGGAACAACGGCAACACGAACACGAGCCCGAGGCGCAACAGUGGCAGCAGUAGGACGCGAUUCAGCAAGGAGCCCGAGCUGGACAAGUUCACAUUCUCACUGCCGACCUUCGAUGGCACCAUCACAGUCACUCAUCACAUACCAGAGGAAGCCACCAUACCUGUGAUUAACGGUAAGAAUACUGAAUACCGAAAUGUGCUGACAGCACGACACAGCACUGAGGUGCUAUCGCCGAACCAGUAUGUCACGUCCACAGUCAAAGACGGUGGCACAAUCUUGUUCUUGACGAGUGAAGUAACGGCAGCAGUGGCCGGAGGAGCUACAGAGAUAACACAGUUCUACUUGCGCGAGACGCCAACGACGAGCGUGAUAUUUACGCCCACCACAAUCCGUGGCCGCCUCACAUCUUACUCGCACAUCAUUCCGAGCACAGUGUACGACGUCGAGUCGACUGUAAGCACCAUACAGCCAGCCAUAGCCGCCAAUGCACCGUUGGCCAACUUGUUACUCUCACAACUUCUGCUCGGUAAUCUCGGAGGUGGUCUUCCGGGAGGCCUCAACCCUCUUCUGGCCCUGCAGAACCAACCACCUGCACCACCACCGACUCCUACAACAGAAUUUAAGACGCGCACGAGCACGUAUGUCACCACUCUCACCACUGGAAAAUCGACAGUCCUGCCAAUAACUCUGCGAGGCAAGAAAAUUUACACGACUAUUGUGGAUCAGUCAGAAGAAGUCAUCACGGCCACUGAAUUCUUUACUGACACAGUGGUGGUGACACCGACGCCCACUGCUGUCAACAACCAACUGAACUCACUCCUCCUCCCAGCAUUGCUGCAGGCUCAACUUUUAGGGCCCACAGGACCCAUGCAGAGUCCUCCUCAGCCAAACAUACUGGCGUCUCUGGGACAACCAGACUUCUUGCCCACUGGAAAAGGACUCCUCUUCCAAGAGCCAGACAAUGCUGAAGUGCCACUCGAGCAGGUGCAGCCUUCCGAGCAACGAGGUAGGAAUUCGAGGCGCCGACAGCAACAGCAGCAGCGAACUGACGACGCUGAUCGUCUAGCGCGAGAAUCAGAGGCAGACGAGACAGUACCAGAUGAUGAUGAUGUCCAACAGCAGGGGUCCCAGGGCCGCGACGACGAGGUAGUCCGCACGUGGAAACCUCCAAGGAAGAAAACGCGGAACGGAAACAAUAACAGACCUCCAGACCCAGCACCUCCAGUGGAGACGAGCGUUGUAACACUAUACGUCUCUGGACGAAGACCAGGCGAGUUUAGCACAGUGGUAUCUACGGUAACUGGAGACAGCAGCAUCAGGAAGCGUGAGAUCCGCUUUCUACCAAAGUUGGAGCCAUCGAGGCUGCCACAGAUUGGCAGCUCUUUUGGUAAUGACGACGAAGAGCAAGAUGUCCCAACACACAAGCUAAACUAUUUGGACAACUAUGUCAUGUCGGCGAUGGGAGAUGUUGGUGUACUGGAAAGCAGCGAGGUGGAGACUCAGAGCUUAGAGAGCAUAGUAGGUGACGUUAGCAAAUACGUUUCUAGUGGGCUUACCACAACGAUAUCGAGGAGAUCUGGACACACUACGAGACCUCUAAUGAAUACUAGAAAAGCAGCAGUUGAGGAGUCGUCUUCCUCUGUGAACAACAACAACGCUACCGGUCAUUUUUUAUCCGAAGGCCCCGCUGAGUCUGCCCCACUCAAGCGGAAGGUCGUAGGUGAUUACAUCAGGGGCAAAGACAACAAUGGUGACGACGAAAGCGAAAUCAUUUCAGAAACUGAAACUGCCGCAGAUGACACUGCAGUAACGUUUCUACCAUCAGCAUCUCAGUCUGGCCAAAUUCUCUCACGGCACAAGAGGAGUCCGGAUGUGUUUGACGAUGCACAGGACGAGCCGACGACGAGAAGGCCGGGCCACCGAAGUAGGACCAGAGUAGUGCGUCUGCGCCGGCCUCUUAACAGACCGUCAGCUAACGACGAUCUCCAGAACGUCACUCGUAAGAGAGGAGAGGUCCUACACCUGUCGGAGGCACAGCAGACUGACCACGUGACUGAGAUGAACCUCGCGACACCAGCCGUCAAGCACAAGCACAAGUACAUAAACCUAGGUGAUUACGGCUUGCGGACAAUUAAGAUAAUACGGAAACCUUCGAAUGACAGUGGCACGGAACCGCAGAGGAAGCGAGUUAUUGUAGCGAGGAGAAAGAAACCUGGACGCUCAUUUGAAGACGACGACGAUCCUCCAGUGCAGGGGAGACCAGCCGUAGUAAAAGCUCGUUAUGUGGAAGCACUGAGACAUCUGUCUGAAGAUGAUGAUGAUGAGGAGGAGGAGGAGGUCUCUACACCAGUAGCUCCAGUCCUGGAAGCGACCACCAGCCGUGACAUAAAGCCGACUAAAUCGUCAGCCAGACGGAGGAUCAUAGUGACGAAAAAGCGUCCAGUGUCCACACGCCAGAAGACAGACUCUCCAGUUAGCACCACUGCAGCUGAGUUCGAACGCCCAAAAUCUGCAGUCACUGCAGCGGCAGCACCGACACUGAUGUCAAGCAAGAGGAGGAGGAUAGUUGUCACUCGGAGGAGACCAGUGCUUCACAAGGACACUGAGAUCCCAGUCAGGCCGACUAGUAUUGUGAUUUCGACUCAGGGCACCAAAGCUGUCACGUAUUCGACGCUAGCAAGGGAGAAUAAAGUAACGUCUAGCGAAAACGGCGUUUCUACGAGCAGUUACCCAUCAUCAGACAUUGAAGAAGAUGACGAUUCAGAAGAAGAGAGAGAUGACGAGGAGGAGGAGGACGGCCAGGAUGAAGAAGAGGAGGAGGACUACGACGAAGUGAUUCGGUCAUCCAAGGAGAGGCAACCACCCAAAGGAGGCAAUGGAAGAGACGCAUCUACGACGCCAAAGAGUGUACCUUCACUGAAACCACAGACUGCACAGUUACCGAGAGAUUCUUUGAAACCAUAUCAGUAUGGCAGAACUACCACUACUGGUGCAAUCAGCACGUUUGGUGAGCCAACCGACAGACCAACGGGCAUAAUCUCUGCAAAACCGCAGGCAGUGUCGCAUAUACGAGAUAUUUUCAAGUUCAGCCAGUAUGGUAGGACCACUACUGAAAACCUCAUUAACAGGGUAAGUGAGUUUACAACGAAUAUUAACAGCAUCACGUCAACAGAAGGUGAAGAGAAACCUCACGUGAAGACGACUUUGAAUUUCAACGGACGUUUCUUACCAACGCAGAGUACAAAGAGCAGUACAGGGGACAGCUUGAAGGAAUUGUUCGGCUCCAGUGACAGGCUUUCCACGGAGAGGUAUUCGACACCAGAAACCUUGUCAGAGGAGUCUCUUGAGGAGGAUGAGGCAGAAGAUCAAGAGUCUGGUCAAAAUAAAUCAGAAGAGUAUGAUGAGGAGGAACAAGAAGAUGUAUCGAAAGAAAAUGAAGGUGAAAGAGAGGGAGAAAGUGUACCAGUCAGUCAAGAGGAAGCCAGUUCUGAAGCACCACCCAGCCUAGAGAGUGUGGAAGAAGUGAAAGCACCAUCGAGCUCAGAGGAGAUUGUGACCAAGCCAUCAGCCAGAGGAUCGACUGUCGAGGAAAGGACGACAGCUCAGAGUCGUGACUCCCUCCUCACCACUGAAGAGUCAGUCCACACCAUCAGUUUCGUGGCGACAUCUCCACUCUCAUCUCCAAUCGACGAGUUAGGUCUCACCACACAGGAUAAUGAGAUCGAUACAGGUUCACCCGUCAAGGAUCCAGAUGUCCGUGCCCAUCAAGUCGAGUCUAACGGGUUGACUCCCUCUGAUGUUAGGGAGGAAAUUUUAGGAGUUACAUCAACUGCUCCCCAGACCAGCUCCACAGCAGAGGCCUCGUCUGAGAAACCUCCAGAUCUUGUAGAGGCUAGCACAGAAACUUCGAGUCUACGUCCUGCCGAAGGCAGUCAGAACAUAUCGUCAGAGGAAGAUACAGCUGCAACAACGACGACGACGACGACGACAACCACAACGCCGCUGCCUGACGACGUCCUGGUCAGUCCUGAAGGUGAAAGUGAUGGUAACGGUACCAUCACAACAAUAGAGACGCCAACCACCACGGAGAGCAGUACUUUUGACGGACCGCGCUUCAUACGUCCGACACGUUUCAGCAUCACGCGGCGCCCAACUAAGACACGUCUCGGCUUUCCUGGUCAACGUCGCCGGACUUCGACCGCUGCUAAAGGUGUGGCGCCGACCGCCACCAAGAGCAGGUCCCAGGAGGGAGCCACUGCACGAACGACCAGACCACCUUCCACAGGGUACCGUUACAGAAAGACAUCACCCACCAAGAGUUCUUUCGGCCGAGCUGCAACUACUAGAGCUAGACCAAGGUUUGGCAUCACUUCUGUUGUCCCAACUAGCACUGCCGAUCUGGAAUUGGAACCUACUAUCCUGGCGGAAGUACUGCAGGGCUCGAGCGAAGUGUCGGAUGGAGACCGAGCUGUGGUUCCGACUGCAGUGACCGAAGUGGGUCCGACAGUUGUCAGCGGAGACCUGGUACGAGAGACCACGGCAGAUGUGCGACCGGAGAUUUCGUCCCAGUUGGACGGGGUGAUCGCACCUACCGAGGUGCUGCUGCCAGGAGAGGAGAUUGCGAAAGAAACACCGGCAACAGUCAGCGCUACUGGGGCUGACCAGUUGAACAGUGCUGUGCUGGUGACCUAUGACGGAGGGGCGGAGAUCUUGACGAAGCUGGGUGUCGAAGCCUCUGCUACAGUGGACCACGGUGAUGCCCACGUGGUGACCGCUACGCCGCUACUGCCGGUCCAGCCCAUCACCACCGUGGUGACUAGCACGCGGCUCCGCACGUACACAUUCAUCGUGACGCGGGUCGCCGGUACGGAGCAGGUGGUCACCUCGACCACUGAGGUAAAGCCUCACGUCACCACCGUCACCAUUACACUGCCUCCUGCUGCUGCAACUGAGCUGGCCCCAACGCCGACGCCGCCGCUGCCGCCCAACGGCGUCGAGGUCAUCGUGGCCGGCUCCAAGCAGCCGCCGGGCGCCGCCCCCGCGUCGCCCGCGCCGCCCACCACGCUGCCGCCCACCACGCUCUCCGAGCACGUCAUCCUCCGCCUGCCUGAGGAUGACGGCGAGGAAGACGAGGCCGGUCAGCAGGUGGAGCCGACACUGCCUCCGACGGGCGGCGGGGGCGUGUUUGUCACCAAGACAUACCUGACGACGUACACAUACCUGACGACGCUGCUGGGCGAGGGCGGCUCCACCGUCGUGACGAGCAGCGAGCGCGUCGUCAGCAACGUGGCCACCGAGUACGCGCCGGAGCCACCGCUGCCGGGGCUCGAACCAGGCCACGGCAUCACGCUGCAUGGCGUCCAGGAUGCGCCACUCUCCACGGGCCUGCUCUACACCACAUACAGCUACCACCUGCAGGGAGGCGAGGGCAGCUCCUGGAGCUCAGACCGGACGGUGACCAACACGCUGACUGCUGCCACUGAGGCGUUCGCGCCACAGCCGGCCACCACCAGCACCUACGUCACCACACUCACCCAGCCCACCACGCUACCUGGGGGACAGGUGCUGUCGGCCGGAGACCUGCUGACACGCGUAGUGGUCUCAGAGACAGGCGGACCACCGGGUGUGCCCGCACCGUCACUGCCGACCCAGCCUUCGACGACGGACGUGGUGAAGACGUACCUGGCCACAUAUUUGUAUGUGCGAACUGUGGCCGACGAGCGCGGCAGCCCCUCGUUGACGACACAGGUCGUCACCUCCACCGAGGUGGUGACCGACCGCUUCUACCUGCCUGCCACCAAGAGACCGCAGCUGCCCGCCACCGCGACCACCACGGCGACCGAGCAGACAGAGACAUUGACGGCCGUUCCGACCCCAGUCACAGUGGACGAGGCAUCUGUCACAGCAACAGCAAAGCCCGAUCCAGUGGAUGUCCCGCUGCCGUUCCUGGUGUUUGCCACCAAGACCUACCUGACCACGUUCACCUACCUGACGACGCUGCUGCAGGCCGCGCCGGGAGAUCGCACCUCCACCGUCAUCAACUCGCACACUAAGGUGGUGCAGAACAUUGUGACGGAGACAAUUCCUCCCAGCCUGCUGGGCGCAGACCAGCUAGAGGCCUUGAGGAACUCCCUCCGGGCGACGGCAACAGCGGCUCCGGAGGCCGACGGUCCCGGCGUGGUCGCCACGGCGACCCUGCCGGGAGGUCAGCAGGUGCAGGUCAUGGCCAUGAGCCAGCAGUCACGGACACCUGCUGUGCAGCCCACGAGGACGGUCGAGCCGCAGGUCGUCGCACCCACCACGGCUCCGGACGUUGUGCAGCUGGAGCCCUCUGUAGACACACUACAGCCGGCUAAUGUUGAGAACAUUGUGACGGGGUCGACAAUCAUCUUCUUCGACGAGGAAGAUGGCAUCGACGGUGACUCCGGGUCGACAUCAACUGCAACACCGGCACUGGACUCGUCCAUGGCCGCUGCCCUCAGUGAUUCACGCACCACUGUGGUGAAUGCUGGGGCGGCCACCGUCAUCUUCCCAGACCCGGUGCCUACUGCUGCAGAGCCGGUUGACUUCCCACAGGAGAGCAGCACAGUCACCACUGGCGAUGACGACUACAACGUCGGUGAUGACGAAGAUGACCAGGCGCCAACGAGUGAGGCGGGAGCAGUGACCACAUCUGUGGUGACAGUCACCGCAUCACCAGUCACCACCACGGUUGCUGUGCCGGUCACCAAGAAGCCCCAACAGCCGACCACCAUAGGGCCCGGGGGCAGCGAGAUACAGGUGAGUGACCUUUUGAGCUUGGGCUCACUGGGAAUCAAUGGGCUCAAUGCCUUGGGGCCGGUGUUCAAUGCGAUGGCCGGUCUCAUCCAAGGCAAUCUGCAGCAGCAGCCGGAUGCAGCCAAGAGGCGCAAUGACUCUGCCAUCACCAACAACAGAACCCCAGACCUAGCGCCAAGUGACCGUGAGGAUUACCCGCACCCCGUAUACCGGCCACAGGCAGACACGGAGCCACCGUCGAGGUCACCCAUCUACAUCCCUGUGGGCGGACUUGCUGCUGCCGACCACGACAUCGAAGCUGCGGAGAGUCAGAACUACGAGGCACGCAUCAAGGUCAACGCCCUGCCAGGGUCCGGCAAGUGGGGCAAUGCUGCCGAGCCGGUGGGUGCCGUCGUGAUUGGCCGGCCCACUCUGGAGAAGCCGCUGGGAGACGGCAUCCCCAUCAGCCCGGGUGAGGUCAUUACUGCCAACAGUGACGUCAUCGUGGGCAAGCCUGCCGUCAUGGGACCGCGUCCGCCCAAGAUCGCAGCCACCGGGCACGACCACGACCUCGACCACGAAGUCGACUCUGACCUCGACGCUGUCCCUGUGGGCAUGAGGCCGCCACCACCUCAUCAGAAGCCGUGGCUGCACCACCACAACCACCAUCAACAACCACCCAGGAGGGACGAGUUCCUGGGACCACCACCGCCACCGCCCCCAUCACCUCAAGGCAACCAGGUGGGAGGAGAGAUCCAGGCCCGGCCUCCGGGCUCCGCCAACCACUACCGGAUCCACCACGACAGGCCGCAUCCCAGCCUCAACUACAACCACCACAACAACCUCAACCUUAACUUCAACAAUAACCAGAAGCCUCCAGCACUAAAGUUGCGACCACAUGUCGUAGAAGGCCUGCCCUACAAGUUGGAGUCCGUAGUGACGGGCUCACAGGCUGUGCUGGUGGCAGAGGGUGGCGCCGGUGAGGUGGUUCACGGCUCUCCGGUGCCACACCGCCACGCACUGGUGCCGGCUGAAGCUGCCUCACUGCUGGUGGACAUCCGGCCCUCGCAGGUGGCAAACGUGCUCAUCCCCAGGGGCAGCCACACCGCGCACGUCUUCAGCGCACCCGCACCCUCGCCACUCGUUGCCGACGACGUCUUCCGGGACAACUCGCCCUUCCCCGUCCCGGAGGUAUCUGCGGACUUUGUGGGACUGGACUCGGCACCACAGCUGGAGCACGGGGUGGGCACCGUCAUUGAAGUCCAUCCGGGGGACUCCCCUGCAGAGACAGGCGGCAUUGUGGCUGGGUCGCCAGGCAGCGACAUCAACGUCGACAUUGCUCCAGGACAGGGCAUCAGCGUGGACGUGGGCCCCGGUGGGUCGACGGUGCACACCAGGCCGGACUCUGCCCCCGGGGGUGGUAAGGAGACACACCGCAUCCAGCCGAGUGGAGUCGUGCUGGACGCCCCCAGGCCACAGCCGCACCACCACACUCACCCAGAGUCUCCUCUCAUCCACCCGCCACCACCACCCCCGCCCCCACCGCCUGCACAGUCAUCGCAGCCGUCUCCCAUCAGGAGGCCACCCGUCACGCUGUACCGUCCCUCCACUGGGACGGGCGGCUCUGUGGCAGGAGGCAGGCCACACCAGUACAGGUUUCCAGCACCGGUACAUCCACUGCGGCCGUCAGACUUCAUGACACCACCUCCACCACCUCCACACCUGCCGUCACGACCACCGGCGCCACCUCCGACUCCUGGAGGCGUGCACCAUGUGCACCAGCACCACCAUCACCACCAGCAAGGCGGGCCACUAGUCAUUCCACUCAGGCCUGAGGCUGGACUGCCCCCACCUCCCGGGCAUGACCAUUUCCUCCACGAACACGAUCACGACCACGACCUCCAUAUCCACGGCAACGAUCACGAACUUCACGUUCACGGCCUCGAGCCGGAGCACGACCACACGACGAGGCUGCAACCAGUGAGAACUGGUGGCAGUGGCAUCGUCGUCCGACCCGGCCCCAGGCCCGUCGACGUGUUCGUCAAGCCUGACGGUGAGCUCGUAGCAGCCAAGGAUGAUCUAGGUGUUGCAGGUUCCUCCAGACCGCUGCCACGGCCACCAGCACUUUCACCGAAGCCCUCGAGAAGGCCGCCGCCGACAAACCUUUUUGCCAUCUGGCCGGGCAACAGGUACAACAGCAGCAGACCACAGCAGGGAACCUGGCCUCUGCCCCCACAGCAGGUAGCCAGGCCUCCACCCCCACAGCAGGGAGCAUGGCCUCCACCCCCACAGCAGGGAGCCAGGCCUCCACCCCCACAACAGGGAUCCAGGCCUCCGCCCCCACAGCAGGGAGCCAGGCCUCCGCCCCCACAGCAGGGAGCCAGGCCUCCGCCCCCUCAGCAGGGAGCCAGGCCUCCACCCCCACAGCAGGGAUCCAGGCCUCUGCCCCCACAGGUGGGGGCCAGGCCUCGACCCGGAGACGGUCUGCCUCAGCAGCCGCCGCUGCAACACGGCUUCCACGAGGUGCACCUGGUGCCCGGCAUCAAAGACACACCAACAGUUCCAGGUUUUGUGAGUGGCCAUCCCAACCCACCACUGGACUUCCACGGCCAGCCCCACCAGCAGCGACCAUCGCCCGGGACAGACGCUGACAACAACAUCAUUGUCGGACACGUGCCACACUUCAACGAGCUGCACAGCCCCGUGCCUCCGGAGGACUUGCGGCCACACGUAGUCACUGUGGGUGAGCCUGCAAAUGAGGUGGACGAGCCUUCGGGAACCGUGCACCACCGUGAGCACCAUCAUCACCACACAGCUGGUGAGGUCUCCAGCCCAGACAGUGGCCCGAAUGUCGGUGACCGUCCAGACAGACGGCCUCCACACGGUGGAAUACAUUUCCCCAGUGCUGCUGACCAGUUCGAUGUGGGAGAGGAUGCUGCACUGGACGAGAAAAGCGAUCCAGACAGCACUGGAGCAGCGUCUGGCACUGAUGGGAGCCCAGAUCCACCAGCAGAUGGCUCAGAUGGAGACGAGGGUGAACCGGACGGCAAUCUGCACGGUGGAACCCAGACUGAACGGCCGCUGGUGAUAGUGUCGCCAGAUAACGAACCCGGUUACCAUCACGAUAGCCACACUGGCACCGCGACACUGGAAUCGGACCACCAAGAUGAGAAACCGUCUCGAAAUGAGAUACCUGUACUGGGAGUCGGAGAAGAGAGGCCUUCACAUCCACACGUAGGAAGCUCUGGCUGGCAGAUCGUCGGUUCCCAGGAAGAUAACCCCAAUGCUCACCACGGCAUUGGCAGUGACGGUCCAGAUGGUGAGGUUGUGGUGCCCGGUGUCGGUCCACCGUACCAGGCAGCCGGAUAUCGCCCUCCGGGUUGGCACACCGGAGGAUCGGGCCACCUGGUAGUAUCUGCCGGUGACGAGAGCGGUCCGGGCCAGGACCACCCGUCCGGAGAUGAGUCGGACAUCCACUACGGGCGGCCUCACAUCUCCGCCGGUGGGACACUGGAGGGUGCGAGGCCACACUGGCCCGGUGACGCCCUGAGGCCACCGGCCGAGACUCCCGUCGUCGGCAACCGGCAGCCGCCGGGCUUCGAGGGCACCGGAGAGGGAGACUUUGGGCAGGAGGUGCCUCCGUUCAAGGCCAUGGGUGAGGACGUGUCUGCCGUGGUGGACUCGGUUCUGAGACCGCCGUCGCUGAACCUGCCGCCGGCGACCGCAGUCCGCCCCACGCAGCCGCCACCUCCUCCGCCCCCGCCACCCCCGAGGGUGACGGUGCUCACAGACCACCAGCACAACAACAAACCCCACCGGCCACCUGUCAUCGUUCUGGGCCGACCGGCCGAGUUCCCGGGCGAUGUCGUCACCCGUCGACCGACACAGAGGCCGGGAGCAACAGAGGAGGGCAGACCCAGACCCAGUCUGCUGGGAGAUGGGCAGCUGCCGGUGGACAUGAUGGAGGUGGACAAGCCACCCCCACCACCUCACCCAGCCGGCUCGGACCUGGAGGCAGCAGCGAGCACCGCACGGCCCUUCAAGCUGAGACCGGCAGACGACUCGGUGGUGGGGCUGGCUCCGCCCCCACCCAGGGUGACCGUGGUGGGUGCUGGGGGCAGACCGCCCCCACAAGAAGGGGAUUCCACACACCGACCAGUCCUCAUCGGAGGUGGCAGGAAGCCACCCCUACAGACACUGCCACCCCCACCGUCCGAGUUCGAGCGUCCGCCACCACCGGCACCGACCACCCCCAGGCGCCCACUCUUCGUGGUGACACCUCCCACCCCUGCCUACAGCCCUGCCCCCACAACCAAACCAAAGCCUACAAGUACCUCGUCCAGCGAUGAUGCUGACGACAAACUGGAAGAUGAGGAUCAGGAGCUGGCAGAGACAUCCUCUGGAAAUAAACCACCUCCACCUCCACUAUCACCGCUCUCACCCUCGGUGACAUUGGGAGGUACUCCAGAGGUGGUGGAUGUGACGUACAGACCACCCGUCUACACCACACAGCGACCGAGGCCAGUCAGACCUCUGGACACCACCAGGAGGCCGCCAGAUGGGGUCAAUCCGAGUCGUGUGGAGGCGGACAUGCUGGAGACGGUGAGCGUGGGCCGGCCAGUGUCACAGCCGCUGCCACCCCUGCCGCCCCCGCCUCCACCUCCUGAGGCGUCGCCACCUCCAGUGGCCCCAACUCCUGUCAGGGAACCUGUCUCCACCAAGGUGAAGACGCCUCCACCAUCUGCAGCUGUGGCAACACCGCCCACGACGCUGGACCGCACGUGGACGACAAUGACGGUGGACCUGGAGGGGUCGCAGACGCACCUCCCAGACCGACGCCGGCCUGCCGCGACACCUGCUGUCACCCCCUCCUCCACAGACUCCUCAGUCACAACGAGCACCAGCAAAGUUGCUUCUGUGGUGGUGACAUCGGGCUCCAAGACGGUGUUGUUCAUCAAGCCGACAGCUGCCCGGCUGCCGACGACACCGCAGACGACGAAAGCAACUCCGACACCGCGACCCGUGCUGAGACCGAGACCCAGACCCAGACCUACAACUGGGACUGGAGGGCUGUUUGACGACUUCGAUGACAUCGCCGAUGAGGAUGACGAGGAGGAAGUGGAGACGGGCGAGACGGGUGGGUCACGUGGCAAAGUGGACCUGGGUGUGGCCAGCUCCAACCAGGAGAAGGUCGUGCUCGGCUCAUCACCCGCGUCCACCCUCUUUGUCACCCACACGCACACACUCACGGUGACAACUACGGAGACACAGGUGGUGAGCACGGCAGGACGGCCACCAGUGACGCGCACCGUCGUGCUCACCAAGACGCAGACGUCGACGGUUGUGGACACGGUCACCGAGACCCAGACACUGCUCCGGCCGACCAGUGUCUUCGCCACCGUCACCACCACGGUGAGUGCUACGCAGCCCUUCCCAGUGGGAGUGUCCACCACCAGUGCCGUCUCCACGGUGAUGACACCAGUGACCACCGCGGGCUCACCGCCCCCACCGCCAGCGGGGGCCGGGGACAGGCCCGGGGAUCGCACGGAGGGCACGGGAGACACCUUCUUCGUAGUGGUGACCGAUCCGCACCACAAGCUGCCUCCUCCCAGUGGAGCCCCGCUGCCGCCUGGCAUCAUUGAGUAUGAGGUGGACAAGGAGGACGAGCAGGGCUCGCGGCAGGAUUCAGACGGAGCGAGCGGCAACGUGCUGCUAACGGCCGGUGUGGGCGGUGGCAGCACUUCGACGUCCUCGUCUUGCCGGCCCGAGUGCAGCGCGGCACGCAACGAGGUGUGCCAGAGGGCUGCAGAUGGCCACCCACGCUGCCUCUGCCGGCCCGGGUUCGCCAGGAUCUUCCCGGACCGACCCUGCAAGCCAACAUAUACUUACACGCUGCGGCUGGUGCUGGCCCGGCGCGGUGACCGUCCGCUCACCUUCUCGCCCGGCCUGGGAGACACGGGCAGCGACACCUUUGCCGAAACAUCUCGUGCCGCUGCUGAGGGUCUCGACCGGCUGGUCAUGCAGUCUGACCUGCGUGACGUCUUCCACGGUGUCUCCGUGGAAGCCUUCCUGCCACCCGAUGAGAGUGCAGGCGCUGGCAUCAUCGUCACCUUCCAAGUCAAGCUGUCAGACAAUACUGACGAGGAGCGACUGAAGGAGGUGUUCCGCAAGUCGCUAAGAGCAACCAACUACAGCCUGGGAGGCACCGACGUCUAUGCUGACAAGGAGCGCAUACAGCACAUUGAGGCAGAGGAUUUCGACGAGUGCACAAGCCGGCAGUACCACGACUGCUCGGAGAAUGCACACUGCUUCAACCUCCGGGGCACGUACACGUGCAGCUGCCGUGAGGGCUUUGCCGACCUCUCCGAGAACCCGCUGUUCCCGGGCAGGCUCUGUUCAGCUGAGCUGAUUGGUUGUGAGCGGUGUCACUUCCACGGCACGUGCCACGCACGUGGUGACGACCAGGUGCAGUGCGAAUGCUUCCAGUGGUAUGCCGGGGACACCUGCCACAUCAACCUCAAGGCGCUGCUGAUCGCACUGGUGACGAUCGGCUGCGUGCUGGUGGCACUGCUGCUGGUGUGCGUCCUGAUGACCUGCGCACGUGGGAGCGGUGGGGGCGGACGCGGCCGCGGUCGGGCCCGCCGCGAGGGGCCUCUGGAGCGCCGCGCCAUGAUCCACGACUCGGCCAGCGAGGCCAGUGGGGACCAGACGCUGCCCAGGAGCCAGACCCCGGCAGCGGUGUUCGGCAAGAAGGUGCGUCCGGCACCGGCACCAAUGGCGACAGUGGUGGCAGUAGUGCCCCCGCCCCCUGCCGGCUUCGCUCCGGUGCCCACACCUGUACCACCCCCGCUGCAGCCGCCACCACCCCCAGAGCAGCGUGACCGUUCACUGACGGUAAUGAUUCCUCGGGCGAAGUACCGUCCGUCACCCAUGGCGCCACCCCACCAACCACUGCCCACUCUGGUCUCCAUGUCGACAUUCGGUGACGCAGAGAAACGUGCCAUCGCACACGAGAGCAAGCUGCUCGCGUUGCUAGAGGGCGCCUCCAAGCAGGAUGGUCAGCAACAUCACCAUCAUCAGCAGCAGCAUCAUCAGCAUCAACAUCAGCAGCAGACGUCAAAACAAAAGCCUAGCAACACAUCGAGCCAAGCGACGGAGUCAUCCACUCCGAGGAAGAAUUCGUCUCCGAGGAAACCCUCAACUGGAAACAUUCCACCUCCAGCACCCGGAGCCCUCGUGUCAGCAGGCUUUGAGGUAUCGGCAACAGUCGGCAAGCCUCAGCCGGAUUCCGACACGGAGGCAUCGGCAGUCGUCCACAAUGGCUCCACACUGAGGACGACAGACAGUGUACAAAUCACCGUCGAAGAGAUGUCGGAGCCGUCGGUAAAAGCAGGGUCUGCUGUGGAAACGCUGACCGUGUCUGAAGCUCGAUCCUGUGACGAGACGACGAUACAUCCACCGACGAAGUCACUCCACAGCAAUUACAGCUCAAAACACUCGUCGAACAACCUCAACAAUGAUGAGGGGCACACAAUGGCAGAGAGGGACAUCGGCUCUACUUUUGUGAUGCCACAGUCGCACUUGUACACACCGGACAGGGGAAGUGACAUUUCAAAUUUUGACUCACUGUGAGAGAAGCCUUCAGUGCAACUGCAGAAGGUUGUUACAUCACUUGCACUGCGAGGCUUUCGAGAGUGAAGAUCCGACACUUCCAAACGGAGCCAUUGUGUGUCGACUUGAAAUGAAGGAAAUUGUGAAAAGAAUGUGACUGUUACAGGCUGCAUUUCAGAGACAUAAUAAGUGUGUUAUCGUAUUUAAUAUAGUGAAGGACUGAAUACUGUUAUGUUAACUUGGAGUAACUAAAUGUAUAUCCAUAAUUUGAACAACAUUAUGUUCAAGCUCUCUGUGUGCCCACUGAAGGAGCAGUUUUAUGUAGACAUUUAUUUUAAAUACGUUGUACUGUGCCAUAGUCACAGUAGAUUUCGUAAGACUAAUGUGUCAUCAUGCUUUCAGGACUUCCUUUAAUCUGCCACUGCAUGUUCUUGGGGUAGUUUGCCACCUGCUCAGAAACAAGAUAGCUUCUUAGAUUCCUGAGGUCAUUUUUAUCAAAUGUAGAACACUGCUAGCAUCUACAUAAAAGCCAUAUCAAAAUACACAACAGCAGAAAAACUGGUGAUAGAAUUAUUUUGUGACUGCUAUGCAUAUGACUUAUUUUUUUUUAAGGCUCUACACCCAAGGAAUUAAAUGACAACAACGUAACUGUGCAUCACUUGUCUAAUGGGAUGAUUAUAAACUGUCAGAUAUGUUGUGCUCAUCAAAUGUAACUUAGACACUACCAUCUUCAGUGUUUGUAACACACACAAGAUGAACGUAUCUUAAAAAUUUCACUUAAAAAGCAUGUUGCUUCUCAUUUAUGGUUGUGACGUUUAUUUUUACUAUUAUAGUUGACUAUCAGAUUAUGAAAGAGAAGCCUUGUUUCCUGAAUGUAAGGUCUUGAACUGUCACCACAAUAGCAGUACAUAACUUAAUUAUCUUACCCUAUAGCAGUUCUCAGUAUGAUGACAUAUUAGUACGUGCCACAUACUAUUCAUUAUUUCCUUCAAAACAGAGGUGAACACAUGCUUGUAAAUAACUAUAUUAGAUGUUUUAAAUAAUUUAUAUAUUUGUAUAUUUCAAUACAGCUUUUGUUAAAUAAAAGCAGAGCAGCUUCCUGUGUAAAUAUCUUUUUGUUCGUUGUUUUGGGGAGAGUUUGAAAAUGUUGUUUAACUGAUGGAGAAACCUGAAUACUCAUCCUUUUUGUUUUUUGAAUGAACAAUGCAGAGUUAUGUUUGUGAGUAUGUUGAGUGCCAAAUGAGUGAUGUGUGGGUUCCCUAAUUGUUUAUACCUGAAGAAUGAAACACUGCAAUAAUUUUGGAAAAAGAAAGUUGUCAUUAAUGUUUUUGUAAUUAAAAACUAUUUUUUAGUGUUUCAUUCAGAGUGCUGUAAACUUCUAUAAGAGUGAGAUAAAUCAGUGUCUUUUUUAUUAUAAAUACAAAAAUAAACUAACUGUAUGUUACAUA